AUGUGGGUUACCUUCUUCGUUCAGCCAGCCACAGACAGCCUGGUCUUCACGAAGUACGCGCUCCUGGAGAUCCGCCAGUCGAUCUUCCCGUCGACACGGCUGGCUUACUUGAAAUUGAGAUCGACAUGCUUUUUUUUUCUGCAGGGAACAUUCCUUAUGAGCCGUACAGGCAUCCGCCGAAUGCUUGAUGCUGGGGUCAAAGAAGGCGCCGUUGUCAACGUGUCCAGCAUUACCGCAAAGGCCGGCAUGAAGGGCCUUGCCAGCUACGUGGCCUCAAAAACCGGCAUCUUGGGAAUGACAAAGUCCAUGGCGAUGGAUGUCGCUGGUACUGGUAUCCGCUGCAACGCUGUCCUUCCAGGCUUCACGGUGACGCCUAUGUCUGACCAUCUUACCGAAGAUGAGAAGAAGCAACUCACUGCAACCAUACCACUCAGCCGCCCUGCUCAACCACGCGAGGUGGCGCAGGUAGUGGCAUUCCUGUGCGGGCCACAGAGCUCCUACAUGGUCGGGACCAUGGUCGAAGUCUCGGGAGGCGCAGUGCUAUAAUAA